AUGAGUACUCCAGCAUUAGAACAAAGUAGAAUAAAAGCUGCCUUACUGAUACAUCAAGGUAAAUUCAUUAAUGCAAUUCUAAUAGGAAAAUCACUAUAUAUGGGAGGCAAAACAUAUGAAAUUAAACAAUAAGGAUUUGAACUAAUGAAAUAAGGAUGUUUAGAACUUAACUAAUAUAAAAAAUAAGAACCUUCUCAAGACUACAGUAAACUAGCUGAAUAGAAGAAUGAUUAGUAUUAUAAGGAACUCCAAUAAAUGAAAUAAUAUUUGCUUUCUUAUGAAAAUUUUGUUAAAGAGCAAUAGAAUAAAAUUUUAGAUAAAAAGUUAGAAAAUUAAAAUUAAAUUAGUAAUGAACUUUAUAAAAAUUAGUUGAAAAUUAAAAUUAGAGAAUAAAUAGAGAGAAUAUAAUAAUCAAAGAGAAGUUAAAUGUCUUAUGGGAAGACAUAGCUGGACUAGAAUAAGCCAAAUAAUCUUUGAAGGAAGCUGUCAUUUUUCCAUUAUAAUUUCCAGAUUUAUUUCAAGGGUCUCGUCAACCUUGGACUGGUAUCUUAUUAUAUGGGGUAUUCGUUGAUUAUUGACAAUUAGCCUCCUGGUACAGGCAAAACAUUUUUAGCCAAAGCUUGUGCAACAGAGUGUCAUGGCACCUUUAUUAGUGUUUCAAGUGCAGAUUUAUUAUCCAAAUAUUCUGGUGAAUCAGAAAAGUCAAUCAAAGAACUAUUUUAAUUAGCCAGAUCUAAAAAACCGUCUAUAAUCUUUAUUGAUGAAGUUGAUUCGUUAGCUAGUGAUAGAGAAAGCUCUGGACCAUCAGAUAAUCUCAAAGGUGUUAAAAAUUAACUGCUAACUGAAUUCUAAGGAAUUGGGUCUAAUAAUGAUCAAGUAUUAGUUUUGGGAGCAACCAAUCUACCCUGGGCUAUUGAUUCAGCUAUCAGAAGAAGAUUUGAAUAACGUAUCUACAUUCCUCUUCCGGAUUAUGAAGAGAGAUUUCAUCUAAUUUAAAAUUAACUAAGAUAACUACCCAAUAACCUAACUACAGACUAGAUGAAAGAACUUGCUAAUAAAUUAGAUGGAUAUUCUGGAUCUGAUAUUAAUAAUCUUAUUAGAGAUGCAUCUUUUGAAUAGCUAAGGAUUAUGUAAAAAGCAACUCAUUUUAAAAAAGUAUAAAUUUAAAAUCAAAUGAAAUAUAUUGUUUGUUCUGCUUCUGAUCCACAGGCUGAAAAAAUAGCAUUAAAAAACAUAGAACAAACUUAAUUAAAAGUGCCUGAAAUUAUAUAUGUAAGUCUUUCCAUAAAAUUUUAGGAUGACUUCUUAGCUGUACUUCCAAAAUGCAAGCCUAGUGUUUCAAAGAAUGAUUUGGAAAAGUAUGAAGAUUGGACUAAAUAAUUUGGAUAAAAAGGAUGA